AUGUUUGCCCUUUUCACUGACACAACCUUCGGGUUCCUCAUGCGCAACAUUUCUGGCGGAAGACUCUUCAAGUACGAAGAUCAAUACAACGAAGAGCUCCGCGAGGAAUACUUCAAUGCCGGAGAGAUCAAGGAAGAAGAGUCCUCUGACGAUGAGGAAAACAAUGGCUCCAAGGGAAAAUACAAGCUGAUCGAUUUCAGAGAGAACGACCCUGAUAACCCGCAAAACUGGUCCACCUUCAAAAAGUGCUUUGUUACCUUCAACAUCUGUUUUCUGACUUCCUCCGUUUAUAUCGGAUCUGCCAUCUACACAUCUGGUUUGCCUUUCUUGACCAAGGCCUUCGGUACAUCCACUGAAGUCAUUACCAUUGGUCUCACUCUCUACGUGCUGGGCUAUGGUUUGGGCCCUAUGAUCUGGUCGCCUCUCUCUGAGAUCCCUCAGAUUGGCAGGAACCCCAUCUACAUUGGUACACUGAUUGUCUUUGUCUUCUUCAACUUUGGCGUCGUGUACGCAAAGAACAUUGGCAUGCUCCUGGCUUUCCGUUUCCUGACUGGUUUCUUCGGCUCUCCCGUUCUCGCGACUGGUGGUGCAUCUUUGGCUGAUAUCUUCUCACCUGCUAAGCGCGCAUACGCCCUUUCCAUCUUUGGUAUUGCCAACAUCAUGGGUCCUUCGCUCGGUCCCGUCGCUGGUAACUGGGCAGCUCAGUACGAGGGCUGGACCUGGCCCAUCUGGAUGCUCAUCUGGAUGUCCGGUACCUGUCUCGUCUUCUUGAUAUUCUUCUUCCCCGAAACGAGUGCGAAUAACAUUCUUUACCGCCGUACUGCUCGUCUCCGCAAGUGGCAAGAAGAAAAUGGCUACUUGGACGACAAGCCUUACGACAAGAUCAAGUGCCAGCCUGAGAUCGAAGGCGAGAAGAUGGGUCUUGGCGAUAUCGCCGCGAUGACUCUAGUCAAGCCCUUCUCUUUGACUCUUACUGAACCCAUUGUGCUCGCUCUCAACUUGUACAUCGCCCUCAUCUACGCAGUCCUUUACUGCUGGCUGGAAUCCAUCCCUCUCGCUUUCGAGGAGGUCUACAGAUUCAGCCUAGGAACUACCGGCUUGUGCUACCUGGGUAUCUGUGUUGGCGGUAUCAUCUGUAUCCCUCCCUACUGGUACUACAACUACUACUACGUCGAGCCUCGCUUCUCGGAGGAUGGAACCCUUCGUCCCGAGAUCAGAUUAGAGCCUGCAUUGGCCACCUGCAUCUGUCUGCCCCUUUGUCUGUUCAUGUUCGGUUGGACUGCCAGAGCCGACAUUCACUGGAUCGUCCCUAUCAUCGGUACCUCGUUCUUCACCAUCGGAGCCUUUGGCGCCUUCUCUGGUGUCCUCAACUACCUCGGCGAUGCCUACCCUGCUGAAUUUGCUUCCAUCUCUGCUGGCAACGAUUUCUUCCGCUCCUGCUUCGGUGCUGCGUUCCCUCUGUUCGCUCGCCAAAUGUUCAACACCCUUGGUCUUGACUGGGGCAACUCGCUAUUGGGUUUCUUGACUGUGGUCUUCAUUCCUGUCAUCUUUGCCUUGUGGUGGAAGGGCGACAGACUCAGAGCUCGUAGCAAGAGAGCUUCCCAAGAGUAUCUGAGCAAGAAGGAUGGCGACAAGAGCGACGACGAAAAGACCCAGGUCGGAAGUGAUGAGGAGGAGAAGGAAAAGGAUGAGCAGUAA